CAAUCAGUUGUUGCCUUGUUGGGAUAUAAAUAAAACUACUACAAUAAUUCCUAUUUCAGAAAAAGAAGGAAAUUUAUUUUUGAAAAUUUUUAAUCUUAUAAGAAAUUAGGAUCUCCUGCAACAACGACGAACACUUGAUCAACUCCAAUGGCCGUCGAUUGGACCCAGCUACCACCGGAACUCGUUGAGAGAAUCUCCAAAUCAGUCACAAUUCUCCGCGAUUACGUCUGUCUCCGAGCAGUCUGUCGCCCAUGGCGAUCCUCCAUUCCUCCAAACCCCAACCACCUCCGCCUUCAGCUGCCUUGGCUCUUGCUGCCACAAUCUGACCCCAAUCAGUCUCAUCGCCCAUUCUUUGAUCUCUCCACCAAUAAAUUCUACUCCCUUUACCUCCCUGAAAUCUCCCCAACCAUGCGGCAAUGCGGCUCCUCCCAUGGUUGGCUUAUCAUAGUCGAUGAUACCCCCGAUAUAUUCAUCAUCAAGCCGCUCACCCGUGCCAAGAUCAAUUUGCCUUCAUUUCUGACAUCCCCCUCUGUCGUGAGCUUUAAUCAUGCGGAUAUUGAUUCCCAAUACAAACUUUAUCUCACCCUAGACCACGAUUAUGUUUACCCGCAUAGUUCCAGAGAGACGCGAGAUACUUACAUCAAGAAAAUUGUCUUAUCAUCGAGUCCUUCCACAGAUAACAAUUUUACUGCCGUCGCAAUUGUGCGUAUUCAUCUGGGAAGGUUGGCUUAUUACAGAAAUAAUAAAGAUCGGUGCUGGAAAUUGACUGAUGCAGUCAAUUACCUGGAUAUUGUUUGUCAUAACGGGUUAUUCUAUGUCUUGUAUCUGCAAGAAAAACAUGGAGUUGCAGUGUUCAACAUGAGCAAAGGCGAUUUAACUAGAGUUUCCCUGGUUAUCCUUGAAAGGCCAACGAGUAUGGAUUUCAGACUAAGUAUUGAUAUCCGUUUAGUUUGCUCUGGAGAUGAUGUGCUGCUCGUUGUGCAGCAUAUGGAGCGCGAUGUCGAGUAUUUUCCAGAUCCAAGGGAGAAGAGUCUAUGGAAGUCUAAAGUAUUAUGGAUGGAAGUUUUCAGAUUUGGUUGGAGAAGGCGGAGGUUGGAGAGAGUGAGAGAUUUGGGUGACAGAGCUUUGUUUGUAGGGCAAAACAAUGGGUUUUCAUUGCUGGCUUCAGAUUGUGCAGGAUGUAUGAAGAACUGCAUAUACUUCACAGACUAUACUAAUGAAGGAGAACAAUAUAGAGACCUUUUUGGGGACUAUGAGGUUGGAAUUUUCCGGUUAUGUGACAAAAGCAUUGAAUAUUUGCCUCGCUGUGGACGUCAUUUGUGGCCUCCGCCGAUCUGGGUUACUCCCAAUCCAUGCUAAGUUGCAGAUAUACAAACAAAUAAGAAUUCCAGGAGACCAAGUCCUUCACAGGCAAUUCAUCAAGCAACUGAUUUGCAUCCACAACACAACCCAUUUCCAGUUCCGUACUUGUCUUGGCCAG